AUGUCCGACGCUGUUGGAGUUAAGAUCGAGCUCCCCGCCGAGUCUGAUACCGAGCCCGCCGCUGUCACCGCUGGCACAAAGGGACGCAAGCGCGGCAAGACCAUCUCCACUGUCAAGCGCGAGCCAUCAGACAAGACCCCCAACCCCAAAUCCAAGCCCGGUCGCAAGCGCAAGUCGACGGAGGACGAGGACGACAAUGAGACGCAAACUUCCAACAAGCGUGUGGGUGGCAAGAAGUGGUCAGGUACCGAACUCGUCGCUCUGCUCGACGCUGCCAUCAAGGGAGGUGGAGCUGCUGCCGGAUUCGACGGCACGGUCCCAGGCAGGACCAAGCAGCAGUGCAACACUACUUGGCGCAACACCGUUCUCCCUCUUCUUCAGCGCACGCUCCGUGAGAAGGGCGGAGACGGCAACUGA